UUAUGGGCGUCGUUGAAGUCGAUACAGUGGGAAGUGUAAUAGUAGACGACGAUCCUGUAGAUGCUGACGUGGAGGGUGUAGUCAUUGUCGGGAUAGUAGGCGAUGCACUGGAGAGUGUAACAGUUGAGGACGAUUCUGAAGAUGCCGACGUGGAGGGUGUAGACGAUGGUGUAGGCGAUGGUGUUGUCGGUGUUGUUGGUGAGGUUCUGGUUGUCGUUGAAGUCGACACAGUGGGAAGUGUAAUAGUAGAUGACGAUCCUGUAGAUGCUGACGUGGAGGGUGUAGUCAUUGUAGGGGUAGUAGGCGAUGCAGUGGAGAGUGUAACAGUGGAGGACGAUUCUGUAGAUGCCGACGUGGAGGGUGUAGACGAUGGUGUAGGCGAUGAUGUUGUCGGUGUUGUUGGUGAGGUUCUGGGCGUCGUUGAAGUCGAUACAGUGGGAAGUGUAAUAGUAGACGACGAUCCUGUAGAUGCUGACGUGGAGGGUGUAGUCAUUGUAGGGGUAGUAGGCGAUGCAGUGGAAAGUGUAACAGUGGAGGACGAUUCUGUAGAUGCCGACGUGGAGGGUGUAGACGAUGGUGUAGGCGAUGGUGUUGUCGGUGUUGUUGGUGAGGUUCUGGUUGUCGUUGAAGUCGACACAGUGGGAAGUGUAAUAGUAGAUGACGAUCCUGUAGAUGCUGACGUGGAGGGUGUAGUCAUUGUAGGGGUAGUAGGCGAUGCAGUGGAGAGUGUAACAGUGGAGGACGAUUCUGUAGAUGCCGACGUGGAGGGUGUAGACGAUGGUGUAGGCAAUGUCGGUGUUGUUGGUGAGGUUCUGGGCGUCGUUGAAGUCGAUACAGUGGGAAGUGUAAUAGUAGACGACGAUCCUGUAGAUGCUGACGUGGAGGGUGUAGUCAUUGUCGGGAUAGUAGGCGAUGCAGUGGAGAGUGUAACAGUGGAGGACGAUUCUGUAGAUGCCGACGUGGAGGGUGUAGACGAUGGUGUAGGCGAUGGUGUUGUCGGUGUUGUUGGUGAGGUUCUGGUUGUCGUUGAAGUCGACACAGUGGGAAGUGUAAUAGUAGACGACGAUCCUGUAGAUGCUGACGUGGAGGGUGUAGUCAUUGUCGGGGUAGUAGGCGAUGCAGUGGAGAGUGUAACAGUUGAGGACGAUUCUGAAGAUGCCGACGUGGAGGGUGUAGACGAUGGUGUAGGCGAUGGUGUUGUCGGUGUUGUUGGUGAGGUUCUGGUUGUCGUUGAAGUCGACACAGUGGGAAGUGUAAUAGUAGACGACGAUCCUGUAGAUGCUGACGUGGAGGGUGUAGUCAUUGUCGGGGUAGUAGGCGAUGCACUGGAGAGUGUAACAGUGGAGGACGAUUCUGUAGAUGCCGACGUGGAGGGUGUAGACGAUGGUGUAGGCAAUGUCGGUGUUGUUGGUGAGGUUCUGGUUGUCGUUGAAGUCGACACAGUGGGAAGUGUAAUAGUAGACGACGAUCCUGUAGAUGCUGACGUGGAGGGUGUAGUCAUUGUAGGGGUAGUAGGCGAUGCAGUGGAGAGUGUAACAGUGGAGGACGAUUCUGUAGAUGCCGACGUGGAGGGUGUAGACGAUGGUGUAGGCGAUGGUGUUGUCGGUGUUGUUGGUGAGGUUCUGGUUGUCGUUGAAGUCGACACAGUGGGAAGUGUAAUAGUAGACGACGAUCCUGUAGAUGCUGACGUGGAGGGUGUAGUCAUUGUAGGGGUAGUAGGCGAUGCAGUGGAGAGUGUAACAGUUGAGGACGAUUCUGUAGAUGCCGACGUGGAGGGUGUAGACGAUGGUGUAGGCGAUCGUGUUGUCGGUGUUGUUGGUGAGGUUCUGGUUGUCGUUGAAGUCGACACAGUGGGAAGUGUAAUAGUAGAUGACGAUCCUGUAGAUGCUGGCGUGGAGGGUGUAGUCAUUGUAGGGGUAGUAGGCGAUGCACUGGAGAGUGUAACAGUGGAGGACGAUUCUGUAGAUGCCGACGUGGAGGGUGUAGACGAUGGUGUAGGCGAUGGUGUUGUCGGUGUUGUUGGUGAGGUUCUGGUUGUCGUUGAAGUCGACACAGUGGGAAGUGUAAUAGUAGACGACGAUCCUGUAGAUGCUGACGUGGAGGGUGUAGUCAUUGUCGGGGUAGUAGGCGAUGCAGUGGAGAGUGUAACAGUGGAGGACGAUUCUGUAGAUGCCGACGUGGAGGGCGUAGACGAUGGUGUAGGUAAUGUCGGUGUUGUUGGUGAGGUUCUGGUUGUCGUUGAAGUCGACACAGUGGGAAGUGUAAUAGUAGAUGACGAUCCUGUAGACACUGAUGUUGAGGGUGUAGACGAUGGUGUAGGCAAUGUCGGUGUUGUUGGUGAGGUUCUUGGUGUCGUUGGAGUCGACACAGUGGGAAGUGUAAUUGUAGAAGACGAUCCUGUAGAUACUGAUGUUGAGGGUGUAGACGAUGGUGUAGGCGUUGGUGUUGUCGGUGUUGUUGGUGAGGUUCUGGUUGUCGUUGAAGUCGACACAGUGGGAAGUGUAAUAGUAGAAGACGAUCCUGUAGAUACUGAUGUUGAGGGUGUAGACGAUGGUGUUGUAGGUGUUGUUGGCGAGGUUCUUGGUGUCGUUGGAGUUGAAACAGUGGGAAGUGUAAUAGUAGACGACGAUCCUGUAGAUGCUGAUGUUGAGGGUGUAGACGAUGGUGUUGUAGGUGUUAUUGGCGAGGUUCUGGGUGUUGUUAGAGUCGACACGGUCGGAAGUGUAAUUGUAGACGACGAUCCUAUAGAUACUGAUGUUGAGGGUGUAGAUGAUGGUGUAGGCAAUGUCGGUGUUGUUGGUGAGGUUCUUGGUGUCGUUGGAGUCGACACAGUGGGAAGUGUAAUUGUAGAAGACGAUCCUGUAGAUACUGAUGUUGAGGGUGUAGACGAUGGUGUAGGCGUUGGUGUUGUCGGUGUUGUUGGUGAGGUUCUGGUUGUCAUUGAAGUCGACACAGUGGGAAGUGUAAUAGUAGAAGACGAUCCUGUAGACACUGAUGUUGAGGGUGUAGACGAUGGUGUAGGCAAUGUCGGUGUUGUUGGUGAGGUUCUGGGUGUCGUUGGAGUCGACACAGUUGGAAGUGUAAUUGUAGAAGAUGAUCUGGUAGAUACUGAUGUUGAGGGUGUAGACGAAGGUGUUAUAGGUGUUGUUGGCGAGGUUCUUGGUGUCGUUGGAGUUGAAACAGUGGGAAGUGUAAUAGUAGAAGACGAUCCUGUAGAUGCUGAUGUUGAGGGUGUAGACGAAGGUGUUGUCGGUGUUGUUGGUGAGGUUCCUGGUGUCGUUGGAGUUGACACGGUCGGAAGUGUAAUUGUAGAAGACGAUCCUGUAGAUGCUGAUGUGGAGGAUGUAGUCAUUGUCGGUGUAGUAGGUGAUGCAGUGGAAAGUGUAACAGUGGAGGACGAUCCUGUGGAUGCCGACGUGGAGGGUGUAGACGAAGGUGUAGGCGAUGGUGUUGUAGGUGUUGUUGGUGAGGUUCCGGCUGUUGUUGGAGUCGACAUAGUGGAAAGGGUAAUAGUAGAAGACGAUUCUGUAGCUGCUGAUGUGGAGGGUGUAGACGAUGGUGUAGGUGAUGUUGGGUUUGUUUGCGUUUGACUGCAGUAUCCAUAUACAUCGAUAUUGGACUUAAUUUUUUUCUUAAAUUUUUUGUCGGAUAUAAUGAUGCUUAGAUUAUCUGCGUCUUCAUUCCAUAGUUGAAUAUCUAUAUCCGUUGGUAUGAGCUUUUUGGUCGGUUCAAUCAUUACGUACUGU